AUGCCACCGAGUCCCGUUGCGCCCUCUGCAGCAAACCGUACCACCGGUAACAUUAUCGACGACUACGGUAAAACGCACAAGGCCCGAGCUCUCCUCGAUUCAGCAUCGAUGUCGAAUUUCAUUUCGAAACCGCUAGCUAAGAACCUCUACAGUCGCCGAUCAACAGUCAACGUGUCCGUCGCAGGCAUUGGAUCAUCCACACAGAAGGUCAGUACUGCCAUUACCGCAACCAUCGAGUCGGGAGAUCGAACGAUCUCGAUGAAAUUGCAGUUUUUGGUAUUGAAGCAGCCAUCAUCGGAGCUGCCAACAACGCCGAUUGACAUUUCGGCAUGGAAAAUUCCGGAUGUAAGGCUAGCAGAUCCUCAGUUCAGUAUUCCCGGAAGUGUCGACCUCGUCAUCGGCAGUGAAACUUAUUGGGAACUCCACACGGGUAGGAAGAUUUCUCUGGGUGAAGGUCUUCCGUGGGUAGUCGAAACCCCAUUUGGUUGGGCGGUUACUGGUCCCGCAGCUCGCACGGCUACCUGCAUUCCACGAUUCUGCUAUCUCUCCACCGUAGAUGAACGGCUGGAAUCCACUCUACAAAGGUUUUGGGAAAUGGAAACAAUUCCAUCGGAUCCGGUCCAGUCUACCGAAGAAAGUCGUUGUGAGGAGCUGUACGCUGCAACGACUACGCGCGAUUCAUCAGGAAGGUACGUUGUGCGUCUCCCACGGAUUGAAGAUCCCGAAAUCAUGCUCGGAGAAUCGAGAUCAAUAGCAGAUCGACGCUUUCUGAGCUGCUAUAUUCCACAUCACGUCGUCUUCAAGGAAUCCAGUACGACCACGAAAGUCAGGGUUGUCUUCGACGCGUCAUGCAAGACUUCGUCGGGCUAUUCCUUGAACGACACUCUGCUUGUUGAACCUGUUGUUCAGCAAGAUCUCUACUCGAUCUAUUUGAGAUUCCGGACAAGAGUUGUCGCCAUCGUAGCAGAUGUCGAGAAGAUGUAUCGACAAGUGCUGCAUCAUCGAAUCGACCUAGUAUUCCUCCGCAUACGAUAUCGUAGAAGUCCUACCGAUCCAAUCGCCACAUACGAACUACAAACUGUCACCUACGGAACAGCAAGCGCUCCUUAUUUGGCAACGAAGACACUUCAGCAGAUCGCGAAGGAUCAUGAGCAUUUGUAUCCCGCUGCAGUCAACUCGGUUGUUGAAGAUUUCUACGUCGACGAUCUUUUGUCUGGAGCAUCGGAUGUGGAAGCUGCGAUUAUUCUCCGCCGAGAAAUCACUGCCAUGCUUAGUUCCGCUGGGUUCAUGCUGAAGAAGUGGGCGUCGAAUGCCCAUGAAGUGCUAGAGGGUGUCCCACCAGAGGAUCUUGCAAUUCAGCCUAUCCAUGAUCUACAGGAUGAGCAGACAAUCUCCACACUUGGUCUACUUUGGGAGCCAACCGCCGAUAUGCUACGGUUCAAGGUUGAAUUACCUCUUCCUGCUGCCAUCCUUACAAAGCGGAAAGUGAUGUCGUAUAUAGCUCAAAUAUUCGACCCACUGGGAUUAUUGGGUCCAACGACAACCAAGGCAAAGCUCUUCAUGCAACAUUUGUGGACGUUGAAGCGCAAUGGUGUUUCCUGUGAAUGGGAUUCUCCACUACCAGAGAAACUUCAAGCCGAUUGGAAGCAGUUUCACUCUACCCUCCACAUUCUCGCUGAUAUCCGUAUUCCUCGAUUGGUGUUGGCUUCCGGAGUCAACAAUAUCCAGCUGCAUUUCUUCGCCGAUGCAUCCUCCAUUGCAUACGGUACGUGCUGCUACGUUCGCACGGAAUCAAUGGUAGGAGUAUUUGUACACCUUUUGACAUCUAAGUCUAAGGUCGCCCCGUUGUCUACACAUCAUUCCAUCGCUAGACUUGAGCUCUGUGCCGCUCAUCUAGCUACUCAACUUUACAAGAAAGUAGAAGCGACCUUGAAGGUUUCAGCAACGGCAUUCUUUUGGUCGGAUUCCAGUACCGUGCUUCAGUGGUUGCGUGCAUCUCCAAAUCGCUGGAAGACAUUCGUCGCCAAUCGCGUGUCUAAAAUCCAGACCACCACGGAUAUCAAUCACUGGAGACACAUCGCAGGCUUAGAGAAUCCUGCGGACGAUAUUUCUCGUGGCCUAAAUCCAACGGAUAUUCUGCACCGUUAUCGGUGGUGGCAUGGCCCACCAUGGUUGUCGCAAACUCGCGAUCUCUGGCCCAGGACCAUCAUCGAUCAGGAGUACUCCCCCGCAGCGUCCGAAGAAGGGCGCAAAAUUCCGAUUGUUGCAAUGACUGCUGCACAAGCAACUCUCUGUGAGGAUUUGUUCGCACGGUACUCCAGCUACAGCAAACUACGCCGAGUCUUGGCAUUCUGCGAACGCUACCUACAGUGCCUGAAAGAUCGUUCUCUCCUGCGCAAAUCCGAUCCCAGUUUCGCUGAACUAGUAGUUCAAGGAGAUAAAGCCGCAUCCGUUUCACGAGUUGCCACCACCGAGCUUCAACACGCCGAACAGCUACUGUGCCGUUUAUCACAACGCAAGGCUUUCGCUGAGGAGCUCUCCGAUCUUGCAAAUGGCGAACGCGUCAUUAAGUCAUCUUCACUCAAAUGGCUGAACCCGUUCGUAGACCAAAACGGUAUCAUCCGCGUCGGUGGUCGUAUCCGUAACGCCGCGUUAUCCGACGCAAUCAAACACCCGAUCGUUCUGUCCGCUAAACAUCCGCUGUCUGCUCUGUUGGCUAGCAGUUACCACCAAAAGCUACUGCAUGCAGGUCCACAACUCCUGCUAGCCACUCUCCGCCAGAAGUUUUGGAUUCUGGGCGGCAGAAACCUCAUAAAAUCCGUCUUCCACCAAUGCCACACUUGUUUUAGAAGCAAGCCAACUCUAGUCCAGCAGAGCACAGCCGAUCUGCCGGUAUCGCGAGUUUCGCCGACGCGUCCGUUUUCCGUGUGCGGUAUCGACUACUGUGGACCGUUCUACAUCAAGUCAGCAGUUCGAAAGCGUGGUCCUACAAAAAUCUACGUGGCCAUAUUCGUUUGCUUCUCAACCAAAGCUGUUCACAUCGAGUUAGUGAGCGAUUUGUCAACUCCUGCGUUCCUAGCUGCACUACGUCGUCUAGUCGCCCGCCGAGGAAAAGUCGUCGAGCUCCAUUCUGACAAUGCUACUGCCUUCAAAGGUGCUUCGCAUGCCUUGAAUAGGAUUUACCGAAUGCUAAAGAUUGAAGCUGCUGACCGUGCGCAAAUCUUCGAUUGGUGCUCCGAAAAUGAAAUCGUCUGGAAGUUUAUUCCACCCCGAGCUCCACACUUUGGAGGCCUCUGGGAAGCCGCUGUCAAAUCUGCGAAAACGCAUCUGCUGAAGACCGUUGGUAACGUCAACUUAGCCUACGAGGACCUGUUGACAUUGUUAGCACAAGUCGAGAUGUGCCUCAACUCUCGUCCGCUUACGCCGAUACCCGAGGACCCAUCUGACCUAGAAGUCCUAACGCCAGGACACUUCCUUGUUGGAAGCAGCCUACAAGCGGUUCCUGAACCGAACUGGACGGAUACCGCUGAUAAUCGCUUGGACCAUUGGGAAUUGACCCAGAAACGGCUGCAGGUGAUCUGGUCGCGCUGGUACCCGGAGUAUCUACAACAGCUACAAUCUCGUGCAACUAAGGGUUGCAAUCCGCCAGUCACCAUCGAACACGUGAUGAAGUAA